CUUCGGCCGUCCCCUCCGCCGCAGGGGCGACCAUGGGCGGUGCCAAAGAGCGAGACGAUAUCCGCUGGCUUAUACAGCUGACGCUGGCCUUUGUCUACCUACACCAGGGAUGGACCUGUGGACUCGGACCUCGUUCUGAUUUCGAUAAGACUAGAGCGGGAAACAGAGCAUACCAUGCAUAUGGACAGUACAAUCUGAACGACGACGAGUGGUCAGCUCAGGACAGCACAGGAAUAAACACCGACGCCUGGUCACAUGUAACCUAUGCUGAUGAUGCUGCAAACAACAUCGUAGCAGGACAAUGGGACCGCGGAACAAAUAGCGAACCGGAUCACCUGUGGGCGACGCCGAUAUUGUAUACACAUCCGGAUGUCUACUAUUCCGAUUACGUAUUUCACAUGCGGAAUUACUUUCCUUACGGCACCAUUGGUCCCAACGAGCGCAAAAUCGCCACGUUGCGAGGCAAGCAGCCGAUAUGGAACGCCGCUGUGGUGAAGCUGUUUUACUUCUGCGCAUACGACCCGUCGGCGACCGAUGCCACCCCCCGGGACGCCGAGCUGCGCAUCGACCUCUUCUACCCCGGCAGCGGCACAAGGAGAACCAUCUGGAAGGUGGAGGACCAGCAAAAAAUACUGCCGCCAGUCCGACCCGCUGUCGAGAUCGAAAUCACCGGCCUGGAUGGCAACACGGGCGACGUGGCGUUCGAUCUCGUCAGCUUCGAGACGUUCGAGGUGUGCGCGCCCACCUGGGUUCCCUACUUCGGCGUCAUCAACGACGUAAAGACGGUGAGUCGAUGGGGCGACCAGCGGCCAACAGUGUCUGGCUCGUAG